GCUAAAACUUAUUUACGUGCAUUUAAAUCAAUCGAUUGCAUGAAUUGCUGUAGUAGUAACAAUACGUGGUGUCUUGUUUAAUUGUCAACAAUGUCAAAAAUAAGUGGGUGCUUGGUGUAGUGUUUUGAAACGUUACGUCAGAUAAUCUAAUAAACAAAGUUUCUUUGUGUAAAAACUUAGCCUUAUUAGUUUCGUAUUGUUUUGUGUUAGUUAUGAAUUGAUAGGAAUCAUAUUACUCAUUAAUCAUGGGCUACUUAAUUUCUUUUGUUAAAUACAUGUUGGAAUAUUUUAAGACUGUGCUUGAAUCUGGGAGUGUGGGGAACGCGUCGUCGUCUGAUGAAGAACUGGAGCAGUGGGAACAAAUAUUCAUGAUGCGAGAUGAAAACGGAAACAGUUAUAAUGACAAAAGAAAAAAAAGAAGUAUAUGGUGUCGUCCCUCAUGCAUCCCAGUGUCAAUAGUAAUAGUUUUAAUUGUAUUGGUAGUGUUGGUACCACUGCUUGACCAACCUAACAUAGUGCAGAUGAACGCUACCAUAGCUGCUGUUUCUUUACAUUGCUCAGAUGAGUGUAGGUUAUCAUUAGUUGAAAGUAUACCAGAAGGUCAUAUGUACCCUCCGAAUGUGACGCAUUUACCUACGAAAAAUGUGUGGUUAGACUUAAUAGAUGAAGCUCAAACCAAGAUAGAAAUAGCGUCAUUUUAUUGGUCUCUUAGAUAUAAUGAAGAAUAUCCAUAUAAUACCUCUAUAGAGGGUGAGCAAGUGUUCCAAGCUUUAUAUGCUGCCGGUUCAAAGAGAAAUAUAGAUUUAAAAAUUGCUCAAAAUUGGCCUAGUAAACAAUAUCCUAAUGUAGAUACAGAAUAUUUAGUUAAGAAGAAAGCUGCACAGGUGCGGAGUUUGAACUUUUCAAAAUUACUUGGGAAUGGUAUAUUACACACCAAGUUCUGGAUCAUAGAUAGAAAGCACUUUUAUAUUGGCAGUGCCAACAUGGACUGGAGGUCACUGACACAGGUCAAGGAGCUGGGUAUAGUUGCCUUCAAUUGUUCCUGUCUUGCUCACGACCUGGGAAAGGUGUUUGAUGUAUACUGGAGCCUGGGCACGCCAGACGCAGUGGUCCCCGACAGCUGGCCUGCAGAGCUGAAUACAGACAUUAAUAUGGAACAUCCCAUCAACAUAUCAGACGCUCAACAUAGUUAUGGCGCCUACAUCACUAGUUCCCCACCACCGCUAAGUCCUGUUGGCCGCACUAACGAUGAUAACGCGAUCGUCUCCAUCAUAGAGUCAGCUGAAGAGUUCGUGUACAUCUCAGUAAUGGAUUACCAGCCUAUGUGUGUGUUUACGCACAAGCUCACGUUCUGGCCCGUCAUUGAUGAUGCGAUUCGGAAGGCGGCUCUCGAGAACAAAGUGAAGGUGAAAUUGCUGAUCAGUUGGUGGAAGCACUCCGCUCCUGCUGAAGAUAACUUCUUGAGGUCACUCAGUGACCUGUCGCAGUCGUAUCCGAGGGUCGACAUACAAGUGAAACGCUUUGUAGUCCCGUCAACACCAGACCAAGAAAAGAUUCCGUACGCGAGAGUCAACCACAACAAAUACAUGGUGACGGACCGGACAGCUUACAUUGGCACGUCCAAUUGGUCAGGGGAUUACUUCACAACUACGGCUGGAGUCGCCUUCGUGUUCCAAGACCUAGCUGAUGGCCUUCCACAGAACAUGACCAAAGACAUACGGAAAGAACUUCAAGAAGUCUUCGAAAGAGACUGGAACUCUCCUUAUGCAGUUCCACUCAGGCGAUUAUAGCGUAUAAGGUAGACUUUCUUAUUAGGUCGUAUAAGUUUUUAAAACGUCAUUUUCAUUGUCUUUGAAACUAAGGCCGGGAUGUUUGAUACGUCCAACGCACAAUUGGUGAAAGAGCAAUGUUGAUUUUGUUUUAAUUCUCAUUAAUAGCUCACCUCGAGUCCCAGAAUUGUCUACAAUGAACGCGGCUCUUAUUACACGAGGCUUGUAAAAUGAAUGGUCAUAGGUUAUACCUUGCCUGUCCCUUCAGGAUUUAUAGAGCGUGUCCACAGAAGUUCCAAUCACAAAAUAUCCCAUUCUUAGAUAAACGUCUUAUGUCAAUAUCUUCCUUCUUGUUAAAAGUUUUGUCAUGUGUGCUAUAAGUUUGUGUGUGAAUUUGAUUCGAGAUUAUUCGUACUUACUUAUAUAAGGGUUACCGGUAUUAUUGUUUGUGAUAUUAUUACUGUGUACUAUGCCAAUAUUUUACUAGCUAUUAACUUGUAUAUAAGGCAUUCAAAGAAUUUGUUAGUAGAUUUUUCUAUCUGUAAAUUCAUCCUAGUUUUACCCUUUUUCGUAGGUACUUUAAAUAGAUUAUUCCUUAUUUUCAAGUUUGUAGUUACCAUUUAGAAUGGAAUAGGUAUAUCUUAUAAGAAUAUUAUAACUUUAAUCAAUAAAAUUGUAGGAUUCUGCAUCGAGUAUUAAUAAAUAAUAUAGUGAAAUUUGGAUUCUGUAUGACUGUGCCUUCUUAGAUUGUGGAAAGAAUAUAUGAAUAAAUUCUUUGUGAGUAUCAAAGUAGAUUUUUAUAUCUUUUAGAUUUACAAAUAAUGUAGGUUUAGGGGUGGACCUAUUUAUGUAAACUUUAGACUAACAACUGCGGAUAUUAAGGGUCCAAGUCGCAAUUCUUAAAAUUUUCAUAUUUUUUUUUUUAAAUCAUUACGUUGUAGGUUUUAUACUUUGAUUUUAAUAUUACGAAAAGUCAUAAAUUUAUAGAUCCACCACCUAUGUAAUAUUAUAAUGUUUGUCUUUAAGAGUAGGAGCAAUUAAUUAUUGUGAACAAUUCAAAGAUAUUAAUAAUUUAAUGUUAUAUACUUAUCAAUAACUCCAUGUUAAAUGAGAAAUAAGAUAUAAAAAUAGAUUUCCGGUGUUUACAUAAUUAUAAAUAUCGCCAAAUAAAUGUAUUAUGAUUCAGUGACGGUGUAAUUAUUUUUAUAAGAACAUAGUAGCUAUUAACUUA